AUGCCAAGAACGAAAUCCAACCCAGUUGGUCGUAUGUUCUUUCAAUAUAAUUUAAAUACAAACGAAAGUACCUGUAAAGUUCCAAAUUGUAAGAAUCCUGUGAGAACAGGUAAUCAUUCGGGAAAUUUAGAAAAUCACAUAAAACAGUAUCAUAAAGAGGAGUAUGGUAUUCUUUUAAGAGAAAAAGAAAAAAACAAUUCUACAUAUCCUACUGAAAAUGGUUCAACUACAAAUAAGAGACAAAAAAUAGAAAAAACUGGGCCUCUUGAUAAAAUGAUAAUCAUAUCUAAAAAAACAUUAACAAAUGUUAGACUAGAUAAAAAAACAGUAGUUGAUGCUUGUGUGCAAUUGGUUACUACCAAUGGUCGACCAUUUCAGUUACUUGAUGAUUCUGGCUUUAAAAUGAUCAUGAAUCCAAUAUUUAAUGCUAUCGGUGAUGGUUUUAGAAUGAACUCUCAUAAUAUAAAAAAACACAUAAAUGAACACGCAGAAAGUAUUAUAAAAAGUAUUAAAGCAGAUAUCGAUAAAAAAUUAAUAUCUCUAAAAGUUGAUUGCGUAACCAGAUUGAAUAGAUCAAUCAUAGGAGUAAAUAUUCAAUAUUUUAAAGAUGAGAAAUUAAAUACCAAAACAAUUGGAAUGACAGAACUUUUUAACCGUCAUACAUCAGAAUAUUUAAAACAAGUAUUAAUAAAUAUUUUGAGAAAGUUUAAUAUUGACAACCGCCAAGUUUUUUCCAUCACUUGUGAUAAUGGUGCUAAUAUUGUUAAAAUGGUACGUAUCCUUAACGAUACAGAUGAGGUACAUGAAGAUGAUGGUGCAAGCUCUGGGUCUGACUCGGAUGAAAUAGAAAGUCCUAUCUCAGGAGAUACAGAUUAUUUGACAGAAAGUCAGUUAAAUACCGUUUUAUUGGAAGGAGAAGACUUCAGUGAUUUUAGUGCUGAUGAUUUACAAAAUGAAAUAGUUGCAGCCAUGAGCUAUAAUGAACAAGACCCAUUAACUCAGUGUGUACGUUGUUCGGCUCAUACACUGCAGUUGUGCAUUGAGAAUGGACUUAAAGUAGAAGUUAUUAAGUCACUUUUAACAAAAGCAAGAAAAGUUGUGAAAGUUCUUCGCACGCAGUCAUAUGCUGCACUUUUAAAAAAAGAUUGUUUAAAACAGGCUGUUCUAGAUAACGCAACUAGGUGGGAUACUACAUAUUUGAUGUUAGUUCGUUUGUAUGAACUGAAAAAGUUUUGUGAUGAUCACCAUCAAAUUAAUAAUGACUUAAAAAUAAGUGAUACUAAUUGGCAACGGUUUAAUAAUUUGAUUGAAACUCUUCAACCAGCAUAUAUGGCUUCUAAAAAGCUUCAAAGAAGUAAUUUAACUCUUGGUGAUUUUUAUGGUGUGUGGAUUCAAACCAAACAAAAACUUAAUAGAAUUGGUUCAGCAUUAUCUAUUGCUAUUUUUAAUAAUAUGGAAACUCGUGAAUCUAAAUUAUUAGAGAAUGAUAUAUUUAUUGCAGCAAUUUAUUUGGAUCCACGGUAUAUGUGUUUAUUAACUGAUUUAAAUAAAAAGAAAGCUGUAGAUUACCUACUUAAAGUAUGGGAUUUAAAAAAUGCAUUAACGUCCGUAGAGAAUACAGUAGAAUCAAACGUAUUAGAGCAGCAUAAUUCAGAAGAUGAUAUUACUGACACAAACAAUGAAGAUGAUGAUGAUUUUGAGGGUUAUCUUAGAACUCGUGCUACAAAUUCUUCUCAAAACAGUCAAAACUCAAUAUCUACAAUAAAUUCUUCUCAAGGGUCUAAUUCAAUAUUAAAUUCUAAACUAGAGGACUUUGGAAAUAUAAACAGACUGUCUUAUAAAGAAGAUAUUGUUAACUUUUGGUCGGAAAAUAAAAAUGAAAUGCCUGAACUAUAUCAAUUAGCACAAAUUCUUAUGGCGGUACCGGCUACUCAGGUCAGCGUGGAGCGUAGUUUCUCCGGAUUGAAAUUCAUAUUGUCUGACUUGAGAAAUGCUAUUGGUCAUGAUAUUUUGGAAAAUAUUUUAAUCAUUAGAGGAAAUGCUAAUACAAACUAG